UUUCUUACACAUUUUUGUUCAUUCAACUGUUGUUCUAGUUUCUUUAAACUGUCUUAAUUCGAACGAAUGCUCCUUUAUGUCAUUUCUUGCUUUUUGACCUAUUCGUCUUCAUUGAUUCAGUUAAACAUCAGAUUUGAUAUGAUUUGCUGUUUUUUUGAGCUGAAAUUAUGAUUCGUGUUUAGCAAUUCCUGCUUUUUGUUGUGAUUCGGUGGGGACUGGAUUGGUGAACACAUUUUAGUGUAUAUCAGUGAAUUCAUAUUUGAAACUUGACAUCUAAUAAUAUUUUAGUAGAAAUCUUUAAAACUUUGAUUUUUAAUGUGAUAUGCUGUUUUUUUUUUUUACCUAAAAUCACGAUUCGUGUUCAUGUUUUUUUGUUGUGGUUCGGUGGGGCAUGGACUUGGUAAACACAUUUUUGGUACAUUUUAUUACGGAAAAAUUACCAAAUUGUCAGUUGACCAACUAAACUUACCUAAAUGUCAUCCUCCUACGUUCAUGAGUCCACCCAUGGACGCAGGAGGCUAACAUUUUGGCUGUUCAACCAUGGGAUUGGAAUUCAUUUGUUAGAAAUGGAGACAACUCCAGCAAAAACAGGAGUAAUCAAUCCAAAAGACAACCACAUUUCCUUUCAAUGCACGGAUAUGGAUCUCAUAAUCCUUAAACUGGAGAAAAUGGGGAUCAAGUAUGUUACCGCGCUCGUCAAAGAAGGCGGUGUGGAGGUAAACCAGCUCUUCUUUCACGAUCCCGAUGGUUACAUGAUCGAGAUCUGCAACUGUCAUGUUCUUCCCGUUCUUCCCAUCACCUCAUGCCCCACCAAGAAGCACAAACCCCUUCCACAAAUUAACCACCCUAAAUCUUCCCACGAUGAGACUAGUUACUCUUGUGGGGAAGAUGAGGUCUGGAUGAUGGACAAUUUGUUAAUAGACAUGAUGGGUAUAUCCUUCUAAGAGCAAAUUCCAUGUGACUUGAAUUUAUGCUUCUUGAAUCUGCCUUGGAUUCUUUGUAAUAUUUUACUAGACUAGAUGUAUCUUUCAUAUGGAGAGUGUGUAAUUAUCUUCAAGAUUUGUGAAAAUUGCAUUAUGUAUGAUUUAAUAUUCAAUAUUUAAGCUUUUAUGGUGAUAUGAAUGAAUAUAUAUUUUGUCAUCUUUUCAUA